GCCGUUUCCUCCAAAUAGCCCAUCAGAUGGCACGUUACAAUUAUAGUCUCCUUCCCUCCCAUAGUACGAUUGUAAAUAUCUACGGGUUUUACUGUCUUACUGUACCCAAGUUAGAUUGAAUGGCGCGUUCGGUUAUGGUGAGCCAUCUUGCCAAGAUUUGCCUUGUAAAUCGCCUCGUGGAUCCGCAAGAAUCCUUCGACUAAAGCGGUAACUAUCACGCGCUUUGAGGGCGCGGCAUCUGACAGGUGACGGUUUCAUUCACAAACCACAGAAUCCAUAAAAGAUCGCUGUAAGUCCAACAUUUCUCUUUCUUGUUGCCUCAACUACACAGACAGUUCAAGCCAAACAAUCAAAUUCCAAUAUCACCAUGCCGUCGCCGUCUUCCAAAUACGACACGUCCAUUGUCGGACCCUUAAAACUACUUACUUUCUUCGGGAACAAAAGCCUCGAUAUCAGUGAAAACGGCCCAGGAAAAGCAAGGGCCUUUUACUAUGCUAAAAAGCACACCUUCGGCCGCCCGAGCAUCACUCUCCAUGCAGGCAGCAAAACCGGUCCCGUCUUAGGGGCAGUCGAACUACACAGCUGGGGUUCCGAUGAAGUUUGCCUAGGCAAUCCAGCGAUGGGGAAUAAAACCUGGACACAGGUAACCAGGGGCAGCAUAUUUACGCACUCCGAGUAUUCGUUUGUCUUUCGCUGCGGGCCGGACCAGGAAGAUAUGACUUUCUUAUGGAGGCGCGUGACGACGAGGACGUUUCGUCCUAUGGGGGACAUGGAGUUGGUCGCGGCAGCGAGGCCGGACGAGGUGCUUGCGGAGUAUGCGUCCUCGGGGAUGAUGAGCGCCUCGCAAGCUGUUGUCAAGGUUAGGGGAGAUCUGGGGCAGGAAUUAGAUAUGAUGGUCUUGUUGACGAUAGUGUCACUUCAUUACAGUGCGCAGAGGCGCACGCGGAAUGCUGCAGCUGGAGCAGGUUCUGGAGCUGCGGGGGGUGGAUGCUGAUUCGAUGUCGGGGGGGUUGAGGAGUUUCUUUAUUUUAACUGUGCGCAUGUAUUUGUAGCUAUGAUACCACCUAUGCAAUGAAAGAUGAGA